AUGUUCACCAAAUCUAUCCUUGUCGUCUCUGGCGCUCUGUUGACCGCAGUAGCUGCUGUGCCCAUGGCGGAGCCUCACCACCAUCACCGUCAUCACCCCCAACACAAACGCGACUAUGUUUGGGUCACGGAAACCGAGGAGGUCAUUCAAACUGUUCCCGUCACCAAAACCGUCUGGGUGGAGCCUGGCGAAACCAUUCCUACCGCCUACUCCUCGGCGGAGAAGGUCAAACCCGCAGCGUACACUCCAGCUGCCUCCCCAUCAUCACCUGCUGCGUACGUUGCUCCAGUAUACAGCAGCCCGGCCGAGAGCAGCCGACAGCCUUCCCCUGUUGCGCCAACAUCGAGUCACGUUGCGCCAGUCCCAACCAGCACCUACGUUGCACCAGUUCCAACCAGCACGUAUGUGGCACCACCAGUGUACUCUGCGCCUCCCCCUAGCGUAUACGUUGCGCCUACCCCGACAUCAACAUUUGUAGCUCCAUAUGUUGCUCCAACUCCUUCUAGUUCUGCUGCUCCGAUUGCGACUUCUGCCACACCUCCUCCAUCUGAUUCCCCUCCCGCUGAUUCCGGCAGCGGUGGAUCUGGUGUGACGGGUAUGGCUGCUCCAGGCAAGAGCUACACGGGCGACGUCACUUACUACGCAGUCGGAAUGGGCUCCUGCGGCUUUACUAGCACGGAAGACGAGAAGGUCGUGGCUGUUUCACACGAGAUCAUGAGCGCUUACAACGGAGCGAACCCCAACGCAAACCCGCUCUGCGGCACCUACAUCACCAUCACUGGCAAAGACGGCAACAAGUAUCCAGCAAAGAUUGUCGAUACCUGCCCUGGAUGUGACAAGGGCAGUCUCGACUUGCCUCAGGCCUACUUCAACAAGAUCACCGGUAACGGUGAUGGCCGUGUCGGCGGGAUUGAGUGGUGCUUUGGCUAA